AUGGCUCCGCUUGCCGCUGAGACUCCCGCAUUUGAAAGCACUAUGGAGAAUGACGUGGGCACUGUGAAGAAAUCUCGGGCCGCAUCACCCGCCCCCAAGACAUCAAAAGCCAAGGAAGACAAGGAGGUGGUGAAACCCAGCCCGAGUGCGGAGAAAGUUUCCAAGGUGGAGAAAAGCUCUGAGACCAAGACUGACAAGGUGGAGAAGACCAAAAUCCGCGUUGGCAUUUUUGCUGCUGUUGGCAUCGCAGCUUUGGUUGCUGUGCUUGUCGCUUUAUGCUUCUUCAUGCCUACCCCAUUGGACUUGAAACUCACCAGCAACUACAUGAUCGGCGGGAUUAGUUUGGUGGCUGUGGCUUUGACUGCGGGAACUGCUGUUGCAGUGAAGAAGUUCAAGCUCAAGCUACCCGUCGCUUGCAAGAAGCAGUCCUGUAAAGUGAACGCUCCUUUCAGUCUACAUCGCUUGUUUGUGCUGGGUUCAGUUGGCAAGACACCGACCCACUCGGAAAGCACUAUGGAGAAUGACGUGGGCACUGUGAAGAAAUCUCGGGCCGCAUCACCCGCCCCCAAGACAUCAAAAGCCAACGAAGACAAGGAGGUGGUGAAACCCAGCCCGAGUGCGGAGAAAGUUUCCAAGGUGGAGAAAAGCUCUGAGACCAAGACUGACAAGGUGGAGAAGACCAAAAUCCGCGUUGGCAUUUUCGCUGCUGUUGGCAUCGCAGCUUUGGUUGCUGUGCUUGUCGCUUUAUGCUUCUUCAUGCCUACUCCAUUGGACUUGAAAUUCACCAGCAACUACAUGAUCGGCGGGAUUAGUUUGGUGGCUGUGGCUUUGACUGCGGGGACUGCUGUUGCAGUGAAGAAGUUCAAGCUCAAGCUACCCGUUGCUUGCAAGAAGCAGUCCUGA